AUGGCGGAGCAGACCUACUCCUGCAAGGAAAUGGAACUGGGUAGUGACAAAAGUUCCUGCUACAACAGAGGGAAUAAAUAUGGGAAGAGCUGUUUGCCCAUCACCGAUGUAUACGUGUGGCAGGGAAGGAGAUGCUUCAUUGUCACCUUUCCAAUGCUGGUACCUACCUAUGAGGAGUUUUCUUUUGAAGAGAAAGGAAAUUGGGAAAGUGGGAAUUUUUCACGGGCAUAUUCCCUUGUGGAUUCCAGUCAAGUGUCUACUUUCCUGAUUUCUAUUCUCCUCAUAGUCUACGGCAGUUUCAGGUCUCUCAACAUGGACUUUGAGAAUCAAGACAAAGAGAAAGACAAUAGCAGCGCAGCUGGGUCUUUUAAUGGCAACAGCACCAAUAACAGUAUUCAAACCAUUGAUUCUACCCAGGCGUUGUUCCUGCCAAUUGGAGCGUCUGUGUCUCUCCUAGUUAUGUUCUUCUUCUUUGAUUCAGUUCAAGUUGUCUUUACAAUAUGCACAGCAGUCCUUGCAACAAUAGCUUUCGCUUUCCUUCUACUCCCGAUGUGCCAGUACUUAACACGGCCUUGUUCACCUCAAAACAAGAUUUCCUUUGGCUGCUGCGGGCGUUUCACUGCUGCUGAGUUGCUCUCAUUUUCUCUGUCUGUGAUGCUUGUCCUUAUCUGGGUCCUAACGGGCCACUGGCUCCUUAUGGAUGCUCUGGCUAUGGGCCUGUGUGUUGCAAUGAUAGCCUUUGUUCGGCUGCCGAGCCUGAAGGUUUCCUGCUUGCUACUCUCUGGGUUACUAAUUUAUGAUGUUUUUUGGGUCUUUUUUUCUGCUUACAUCUUUAACAGCAAUGUUAUGGUGAAAGUGGCCACACAACCAGCUGAUAAUCCCCUUGACGUUUUAUCCCGGAAACUUCACCUGGGACCAAAUGUGGGUAGAGAUGUUCCCCGUCUGUCGCUGCCUGGUAAACUUGUAUUUCCAAGUUCCACAGGCAGCCACUUCUCUAUGCUGGGGAUCGGAGAUAUUGUGAUGCCAGGUCUCCUGCUCUGCUUUGUCCUGCGUUACGAUAACUACAAAAAGCAAGCCAACAGUGAUUCCUGUGGUGCCCCAGGACCAGGGAACAUCUCUGGACGGAUGCAGAAGGUCUCUUACUUUCACUGCACACUUAUUGGAUACUUUGUAGGUCUAUUAACUGCAACAGUAGCUUCUCGUAUUCACCGGGCAGCCCAGCCUGCCCUACUCUAUUUGGUACCGUUUACUUUAUUGCCGCUCCUCACCAUGGCCUAUUUAAAGGGCGAUCUACGUCGCAUGUGGUCUGAGCCUUUCCACUCCAAGUCCAGCAGCUCCCGUUUCCUGGAAGUAUGAUGGAACAGAUAGAAAGUGACCUGAACUUCUCCCUUGGUCCUUUUCACUUUAAUUUGUGGCUUUGUCGUCUCCUAAAGCUGGACUGGCUGGUGCUUGGGACGGUACCAAUUACGGGACUUGUAUGAAAGGACUUUGUAUUAAAAGGAGGAAAAGGAAAAAAAAAAAGCUAAGAUCCUGGAGCUCCGUGUGACUCCGUAUCUCCCUGCAGAUGUGGAAUUGGGGACCCUUUGUGCAACUGCAGCCACUUUCCUCUUUUCCUCACUCGGAUGGGUUAGUACCGGACUAUUACCUUUGUGAGAGAGGAAGAGACAGACUUGAAACUGAAAACGGCUUGAAGUCGUUCAAAAACUUGUGAACACUAAGAGAAAAAAUGGUUAAGCAAACUGAAGCUUCUUCAGAGAACCCCUCGUGGACAUUGGGACCAGUUUCCUGCUGGACUUCGGUUUUGAAAAGAACUGAGACAGAAGGUCUUCUGUCACAACAUUGGGUUUUUUUGAUUUAUUAAAUAUUUCCUGUGGUGUGAGGUUACUUAUUAAAUCCACAGACAUUGAGUGACUUCUUGCAGUAUACAUAUAAAAAUUUGUUGUAACAAGUUACAUUUCCACCCAGAUGUCAUGUUGCAGUGAAAAAGGGCACGAUUUUUAUACAUAUAUAUAUACACACAUAUAGAUAUAUAUAUGAAUAAAUAAAAAGGAAAACCUGCUAAGAUCAUGCUAUGUAGCAGACAGGGGCUUGCUGUAAUUUUUAGCAUGUAGAGCAGUUUACUAUGGCUUUCUUGUAUAUGGAUCUACAAUGAGCUGCUGUUUUUCUCCCCCCUCCUACAACUUGAACCUGCAGUUUAAAACCAAGUGUAGUAUUUGUACUGAUUGUACUCAUGGACUUUAGGGGAUAUUUGGUUUUGAUCAAUGUAGCAAACUCGGGAAGAAAAAAGCUCAAA